CCCUCGCUCCUUCAUUUUCAACUUGAAUCCUCCAUUGAAAAUGGCAGAAGUGAAGCUCCAUGGAACUUGGCCGAGCCCUUUCAGUUACAGAGUGAUUUGGGCGUUGAAGCUCAAAGGCAUUCCCUACGAGUACGUAGAAGAAGAUCUCUCCAACAAGAGCCCUCUGCUUUUGCACUACAAUCCGGUUCACAAGAAGAUUCCGGUGCUCGUCCAUGGCGGAAAACCGAUCUGCGAAUCCACGAUCAUCCUCGAGUACAUCGACGAAACUUGGCCGGAGAAGCCGCUGCUUCCGUCGGAUCCUUUUGAGAGAGCGACGGCGAGAUUCUGGAUCAAAUUCAUUGAGGAUAAGGGCCCUGCGGUUUUUAUGAUAUUCCGUGCGAAGAGUGAUGAAGAGCGGGAGAAUGCUAAGAAGCCGAGCUUAGAGAUGCUGAGAACCGUCGAGGAAUGGGGAUUCCGCGGUGGCGAUGGCAGAGAGAGGAAGUUCUUCGGCGGAGAUGAGAUCGGAAUGGCGGAUUUGGCGUUCGGCUGGGUUGCGCACUGGAUAGGAGUGAUUGAAGAAGUGGUGGACGUCAAAUUUCUGGACGCCAACGAGUUCCCUAAGGUGUAUGCUUGGACUGAAAGAUUCAAGGAUGCGGCGGUGAUCAGAGAUAAUCUACCGGACCGAAACCUAAUGGCGGCAGCUUUCCGGCGACGGUGGGAACAAUUGCUCCAAUCCACUUAAAUUACAAAUUUGGUAUUACAGUGGGGUGAAAGUUAAAAUUGGAUAUUUAAUUUUAAAAAUUAAAAUUUCAUCCCAAAAUUUGAUAAAAUCUUAUUAAUAGUCCCUAGUGACUUUAUAUAUAUAUAUAUAAAUAAAAUUUUAAUUUUUA